GCUCCGUCCCGCCCUCUAACCAACUCAGUCCCCGCCUCUCGGCCACGCCCACCGGCAUGGCCCCGCCCACACGCAGCGCCCCGCCUCCCGGGGGGAACCCGAGCGCCUGCGGGAGAGCCUGCCUGCUGUUACCGUUGAUCUUCGCGGGAGGCGUUUCGGGCGUCCGCGGUUCUCCUUCGCAGAUUUGCUCCUUCGUCUGGAUAUCGGCGUGCAGCAGCUUUUCUGGGGCUGUUCCCACACCUCGGUGAAGUGCAGCGGGUUUCGAGUAGGUUUCUAGCACCCAAUGCCUCCUCCACUUCUUCUCACCGAAGGACAUGGAUGAAAAUGAGAAGAGCCAGUCUCCAGCGCCAAGCUAUCAGUAUCCAAAAGAAACACUGAGAAAGCGCCAGAAUUCAGUGCAGAAUUCAGGAGGAAGUGCAUCUUCUAGGUUCUCCAGGAAAAGCUUCAAGCUGGAUUACAGACUAGAGGAGGACGUAACUAAAUCGAAGAAAGGAAAAGACGGGAGAUUUGUUAACCCGUGGCCAACAUGGAAAAACAUCUCCAUCCCAAAUGUGCUCAGAUGGCUGAUAAUGGAAAAGGACCACAGCAGUGUUCCAGGUUCCAAAGAGGAACUUGACAAAGAACUCCCAGUGCUUAAGCCAUAUUUUAUCAGUGACCCGGAAGACGCUGGAGUGAGAGAGGCUGGCUUACGAGUCACGUGGCUGGGACACGCGACUCUGAUGGUGGAAAUGGAUGAGCUCAUCUUCCUCACGGAUCCCAUGUUCAGUUCUCGCGCCUCUCCCUCACAGUACAUGGGUCCGAAGCGGUUUCGCCGUCCCCCGUGUACCAUAAGCGAACUCCCCCCAAUAGACGCUGUCGUCAUCAGUCACAACCACUACGACCACCUGGACUACGGCUCCGUCCUGGCGCUGAACGAGCGGUUUGGCAGUGAGCUGAGAUGGUUUGUGCCGUUGGGCCUUCUCGACUGGAUGCAGAAAUGUGGCUGUGAGAACGUGAUUGAGCUGGACUGGUGGGAGGAGAAUUGCGUCCCUGGCCACGAUAAGGUCACCUUCGUCUUCACGCCUUCCCAGCACUGGUGUAAAAGGACCCUUCUGGACGACAACAAGGUUCUGUGGGGCAGCUGGUCUGUGCUCGGGCCUUGGAAUCGGUUCUUUUUUGCUGGGGAUACUGGCUACUGCCCUGCUUUUGAAGAGAUUGGAAAAAGGUUCGGUCCUUUUGACCUUGCGGCUCUUCCCAUCGGAGCUUACGAGCCAAGGUGGUUUAUGAAAUACCAGCAUGCUGACCCAGAAGAUGCUGUAAGGAUUCACAUUGAUGUUCAAACAAAGAGAUCUGUGGCAAUUCACUGGGGGACUUUUGCCUUAGCUAAUGAGCACUACUUAGAGCCACCUGUGAAACUGAAUGAAGCUCUAGAGAGAUACGGACUUUCUUGUGAGGAUUUCUUCAUACUGAAGCAUGGAGAGUCGCGAUACUUGAAUGCCGAUGAGAGAGCUUUUGAAGAAACAUGAAAAUAGGAAUUUUCAGUGACAACAACAGACUAAGAAAUUCACAAAUAUUAUGAUGCUUUUCACAUGGAAACAAUAUCUGCAAGUGUGUGUUUUGUUUUGUAUCAUAACUUGCCAAUUGAUAAGACUCAUUCACAUAAACUGUGGGAGUCUAGGGAUGGGUUAUUUAAGAAACUGUCCAAUAUAGACUGUAAAAAAAUCAUACAAACAUUGCAAAAUAUUAUCUUUUAUUAAAACACUAUAUUUUAGUGGUAGUAAAAUUUCUGAGGUUGUGAAAAAGUUGACAUUAAAGUUCCAUUUCUUUUUCUAUUCAGGGCUUUCUAAAAAGGAGAAUCAAGCUUAUCUACCUAGAUCACACACACACACACCUUCUAUUUAUAGAAUGAUAAACUUGACCUCCACAUGCUGAUUAACUGCUGGUUGUGGUGAUGCAUGCCUGCAGUCCAGCACUCCAAAGGAUAAGGCAGACAGAUGACAAGUUCAAAGCCAGCUAGACCUACAAGUGAGAGGAGAAAACAUUAGCUUACAUGCCAAAUGUUAAGUGAUUUUAUUUUGUUAAGCAUAAGAACAUAGGUGUUUGGGCUAAAUUUAUUGUUUUUAAAAUAGAUUUUUUUAUUGUGGUCAAAUAUACAUCGCAUAAAAUUAUCAUUUUAACUAUGGUGAAAAGAAGCUCCUUGGCAUCAAGUAUUUGUAUUUGUGUGCAGCCAUGAGCAUCGUUUACUUACAUUUCUAAGAGGGCAUUGUCUACACAGCUGCAUUUCCCAGGUUCAAGGCUGAUGGGCAGAGAAGGGAAGAAUGGGUUUGAGACUUAGGCAAAUUUUUAAUUUCAAAGGCAGACUUUCUGCCAAGCACAACUAUAAAGCAACGCCCACAGGAAAGAGUGCAGAGCCUGAGCGUGACUACAUCCCACAGGAAAGAGUGCAGAGCCUGAGCGUGACUACAUCCCACAGGAAAGAGUGCAGAGCCUGAGUGUGAAUACAUCCCACAGGAAAGAGUGCAGAGCCUGAGCGUGACUACAUCACACAGGAAAGAGUGCAGAGCCUGAGCGUGACUACAUCCCACACUGGGAUUGUUCUCACUUUCUAUUUCCUCAACAUUCUCUUUAUGUAUAUUCUCUUUUCUGCUCUCUCAGCUCUAUGCUGAGCUGAGUAUGUUCAGUGUAUAGGUAUGUUUUACAUGACUUGGAUGUGGUAUAUAUUUUUAUAUUAAAUGACCUAUAAGCACAAUUGUACCUUUUAGUAGGCCAUUGUGAAAUACCAGUAGUUUUUUGUUUUUGCUUGUUUGAAGAUUGUCGUUAUCUGCUGACCAGCCUUUGUCCCAGUACGCCUCUGCAUUUGUUUGUGAGAAAGAAGUGAGCUGCUGGGGUAUUAGUGAAGGUACAUUCUGUUUUUGCUUUCUAGACCAAUGGUACAAACAGCAAUAUAUAUAUAUGCACAUACAUAUAUAUAUAUACACAUACAUAGUAUAUAUAAUAUAAACAAAUAUUAUAUAGGGAGUACUCAAUAAUUUGAUGCAUUUGCAUGGGUGGUGCAUGCCACCUUGGCCUCUUAUUGGAAUUUUGUCCAUUCCAUCAUGGACUUGAUUACCCCAAAACAAGUAACUUAUGUUCAGACCCAGUAUCACCUUGUACAAGAGGAGAAUGUUCACCUACCUCCCAAGGCAGAGAAUUUUUUUUAAAGCACUUUAGAAAUCUAAAGGAGAAAACGUACGAUAUCACUGAUGUAGACAGGCAUAGUAGACAGCUGAAGGGCACUGCUUCCCAUGAUGCAUUGUGCCUGCCCAGACACUGACUGGAGGCUGACUACCUCACCCACUUACCUUGUGACUUCAGAGGGAAACAGCCAAUACGAGCGACUAUCAGAAUGUAUUUUUAUAUAAAAUGUUCCCAUCAUUCAAGGGGAAAUGUGUGCUGUAACACUGCGUGUAUAGUGAACGUGGCUCAGAGGCACUAAAGCACAAGACUCCAUUUAAAGUCGCUUCAGGAAAACCGGGCAAGUGUCAGCUCCCCACCGUAAGCAGCCAUGAAUGUGGACUGUAGGGCCGUGGGUGGCAGCCUUGGGGUACGCCGCUCCAGCCGCUCCACCGGGUACCACCGCAGCCGUUGUGUUACUGUAAGCCAUGCUGAAACUUAUCUCAAGCACCUGAUACAGCUUCCGUAUUUCUCCACGGAGGGUCUUGGCAAUGCUUUUGUGUCCACAGCACUAUUCCAGGCUUUCCAUGUGAUUUGUGUUCUGGUCCCCGGGAUGAAUUGGGCCUGUCUCUCUCUCUCUCUUUUUUUUUUUUUUAGCCUUCCUCAUGGUUUUUGUUUGUUUCUGUUUACAUAUAAGUUCCAUUCAUUGUGAAACACACCAAAUUUCUCUAACAACCAUCCUAUUGAAUGGUUUUCACUUUAUUUUUCUAAUCUACAUUUCAAAGAAUGUAUGUGUAAAGUGAAAAUAAAUUUUGAAAAAAAAAUUACUCUCGUUAGUCUAACAUACAUUGUAAAAAACUGUCUAAUCUAUCUUCUAAAUAAAGUAAUUAUCAUAAAAGUA